AUGGGUGACAUUGAUGAGAUACUUGAUGAUGAGGACGAUGGAGUGAUAUAUAAGACAUUCGCUGCAGGUAGAGAGGCUGAGAAGAAACGAAAGAGAGGUUCGUCAUCAAAUGCUUCAUCAGCGACCAAGUCAAAGAAAAAGGCAUCAACCUCAUCAUCAUCGACAUCAUCAUCAGCCACAAAGAAGAGGACAUCAACUUCAAAUUCAACAUCAAAGUCAUCAUCAACAGCAACAGGCAAGAAACCGACUACUGGCACAACGAACAAGUCCUCUUCGACCUCCAGCACAAAGACACACACCACACCACGCAGCAACAAGUCUGCGGCUACAACUUCAAGGCACGAGCCAGACGAGGUGGUCGACAUUGUGGACUCUGCAGACGAUACAUAUAUACGUGAUAUAACAGACAACGAGUCAACAGAGCAUGAGUUUAGCGAUCAUGAUCAUGAUUUUGGGAAGGAUCACAUUGACGAUGAUAUUGACCAUGAUAAUGAUAAUGAUAAUGAUAAUGAUGAUAAUAUAAUGGGAAGUGAGCCUGGUGACGAGACAGACGCCAAGCUUAAACAAGCAAUGUUAUACUCUGUCGCCAAGAUAUGCGAGAAGGAAUCAGAGUCCCUUCCACACAAGCCUAUCCUCUCGACGCAAACUGUCACUGCCAUCACUGAUCUUCUUUACGAUUUGACAAGGAAGCAAAUUGCACGUGACCUAUCAAUGUUCUCUAAGCAUGCCAAGCGUCAAACGAUCACCCCUGAUGACAUCCUCUUGGUUUCAAGGAAUAAUAAUGUUGUAUAUAAGAAGUUACUGGAGAAGAGGAGAGAAAUACUGGAGGCAUCCAAUCCAAAGAUUGUCACACCUCCCAAGUCACGUCGAUAUAUUGAUGACGAUGAAGAUGAAGAUGAAGGUGUCAAUGGGAUAUAUGAUGAUGAUGAUCCUGAUCUGGACACAUCAACAACAACGACAACUACAACAACAUCCAACUAUUCCAAAAGAUUCGACGCUAGUGACUUCCUCUCGGACGACUGA